CCUUGCCUAACCACAGUGAGUAAACCUCUCUCUCUACUUUAUUUUGGCAGAUGUGAUGGUGACCCUUCUACCAUGUGUCCCAGCCCUGCUCGGUGCUGAGCACCGGUGAUAGCCACACCCUGGUGGCACCGUGCAGCAUGGACCUGUCAUGCCGUGUGUGCCUCUUGCUGGCAUUUGCCCUGGCCCCACUGCACACCAGCGCCUGGCAGUGCCCUCGCAUUCCCUACAGCUCCACCAGGAACUUCUCUGUUCCCUAUACCCUGCCCAGCCUCGACACCGGCAGCCCCGUGCAGAACGUAGCCAUCUUCACUGACGCCACUGGCCCGGUCGCCGUCUUUGUGGCUGUCCGCAACCGCAUCCUGCUAGCAAGUCCCGAGCUGCGCCUGCUCUCCGUCCUUGUCACCGGCCCAGUAGGCAGUGCCCAGUGUGAGAUCUGCCACUUGUGCCCAGCCCCUGUGGAUGGGCCCAAGGACACAGACAACGUCCUGCUACUGCUGGACCCGCUGGAGCCAUGGCUAUACAGUUGUGGCACGACACAGCAUGGGCUUUGCUACCAGCACCAGCUGGAGGUGCAGGAUGGCAUGGUGGCCAUCACGGCCACUCACUGCCUGUAUUCAGCCAGAGGCAACAGCCCUGCAUACUGCCCCGACUGCAUGGCCAGCCCCUUGGGGACCAGCGCCACUGUGGUGGCCACUUCCUAUGCCUCUUUCUUCUACCUCGGUUCCACCAUCAACAGCAGUGUGGCAGCACGGUACAGCCCACAGUCAGUGUCCAUUCGCAGGCUGAAGGGCACCUUGGAUGGCUUUUCAGAUGACUUCCAGUGGCUAACGGUACUGCCCCAAUACCAGGACAACUACACCAUCCACUACGUGCACUCCUUCGCUGAUGAGGACCACAUCUACUUUCUGACGGUGCAGCCGGACCGUCCGGGCUCGGCAGCAUACCACACACGUCUGGUGCGGCUCAGCACCCAUGAGCGUGACCUCCGCCACUACCGAGAGCUUGUCCUCGACUGCCGCUUUGAGUCCAAGCGGCGGCGGCGGCGGCGGAGUGGUGAGGAGGACUAUGAAAGGGAUGUCACCUACAAUGUGCUGCAAGCAGCCCACGCUGCCCGCCCUGGUGCCCGCCUGGCUCGCGACCUCGGUAUCAAUGACACUGACAUGGUGCUCUUCGGUGCCUUCGCUGAGAGCCAUCCAGAGAGCCGGGUGCCACGAGAGGACUCGGCUGUCUGUGCCUUCCCCCUCCGCCUCAUCAACCAGGCCAUAGAGGAGGGCAUGGAGAAGUGCUGUGGCACUGGGCACCAGCCUCUGCUGCGGGGGCUCAGCUUCUUCCAGCCGGUGGAAUACUGCCCACAAAAUGUGAACCUCUCAGCCCCAGUGGCCAACACCAGCUGCUGGGACCAGCCCACCCUCAUUCCUGCUGCCUCCCAUAAGGUGGACCUGUUCAACAGGCAACUGGCCGGUGUCCUACUCACCUCCAUCUUCGUCACCGCCCUGGGGGAUGUCACCGUGGCCCACUUGGGCACAGUGGAGGGACGCGUCUUGCAGAUGGUGCUCCAGCGCUCCAGCUCCUACCUUCUCACCUUGGCCAACUUCUCCCUGGGGGAGCCAGCGCCAGUGCAUGGUGCCAUGGGGCUGCAGAGCCACUCAGUGUUCUUUGCAGCCAGUACCAAGGUGUGGCGUCUGAAUGUCACCGGCCCUGGCUGCCGCCACUUCUCCACGUGCCAGCGCUGCCUACGAGCUGAGCGCUUCAUGGGCUGCGGCUGGUGCGGGGAUGGGUGCAGACGCCAGCACGAGUGCGUUGGCCCCUGGGUCCAGGACAGCUGCCCGCCCGUCCUCACCGACUUCCACCCUCGGACUGCCCCGCUGCGGGGCCGGACGCGGCUGACGCUCUGCGGAAUGACCUUCCGCUCGCACCUGGACCCUGACCCGAGCCGCAGACCGGCGGGGGCAUACCGGGUGUUGGUGGGACAGCGAGGCUGCACCGUGCUGCCAGCGGAGAGCAAGAGCCACAGAGCCCUGCCCACCUCUCGCCACAAGGACUUUGUGGAUGAGCUGGUGUGCGAGCUGGAGCCAGAGGGCCCAAUGGCAGCAGUGGGCUCAGCCGACGUGGUGCUCACUGUGGAGGAACCCGCCAGACCCUCUGGCUUCCGCGUCCAUGGCUCAGCCACCCUCCCUGGCUUCUUCUUUGUGGACCCUCGUGUCAGCGCCCUGCACCCUCCGUUUGGCCCCCGGGGUGGUGGCACCCACCUCUUGCUCCAUGGCACCCACCUCUCAGCAGGGAGCAGCUGGCGGGUGAUGGUCAACACUUCUGAGUGCCCCCUGACUGUGCAGCCCAGGCAGGGCGACAGAGUGAUCCAAUGCACAACACCUGCUGCUGGUGGCCUGGGGACAACCAAGGUGGCCCUGUGGAUUGAUGGGGAGGAAUUUCUGGCCCCCAUGACCUUCCAGUACCGCCCUGAUCCCUUCGUUUCAGCCAUUGUCCCGAGCUGCAGCUAUGAGGGCUCAAUUGUCACCAUCACUGGCACCCACCUGGACUCAGUAUAUCGUGCCAAGAUCCGCUUUGAAGCCGGUGAUGUGAGGACCGAAGCUGCAGAGUGCGAGGACCUGCGAGCAGCAGGGCAGCUGCUGUGCCACAGCCCACCCUUCCCCUUCGAGAGCAACGUGGAGACAGCACCAGGGAACCUGAGCGUGCUGAUGGACGGUGCCACCGACCGCUGGCUCUUCCGCCUCCGCUACUACCCCCAGCCCAAGGUGUUCCCCUUGGAUCAGGAGGGUGGGCGCCUCCGCCUCAAACCCGGUGACAAUGAGAUUGAGGUGCAUCAACUGGGGCUGGAUGCUGUGGCCACGUGCAUGAACAUCACCAUGACAGUGGGAGGCCAGGACUGCCACCCCAACGUGCUGAAGAACGAGGUGACGUGUCGUCUGCCCCGCAAGCUGCGCCUGCCCUCGGCUGGGGCUCCCGUGGAGAUCUGUGUGAAUGGUGUCUGCAAGGCGCUGGGCUGGGUGCUGCCAGCUGCCACCUCGUUGGACCUGGCCACCAGCCUGGCCCUGGGCAUCGGGGUCACAUUCCUGGUCUGCUGCAUCCUGGCUGCCACACUGCUCCGCUGGCACUGGAGGAAGAAGAAGGGGACAGAGAACCUGGAACUGCUGGCACAGCCUGGCCGCAGCAACCCCCCUGUCACCACCCAACGUGCCGGCGUUGAUUAUAGGGAGGUGCCAGGUAAGUGGUUGUCAUCAGUGGGUGGUGGGUUGCUGGAUGCCUGCCCAGCCCUCACCCUGCCUCUGCCUGUCCCUGCAGUGCUGCCCGUGGCAGUCAGCCCCAGCCCAGCGGGACCUCGGGCACGAUUCAUUGGUGCUGGUGCCAGUGCCAGUGCUGGCGCUGGUGUGGCGGGUGGUGGCUCCCCCAUACCACUGCUCAGGACCACAUCCUGCUGCCUGGAGGAUCUGCGGGCAGAGCUGCUGGAGGAGGUGAAGGACAUCCUCAUCCCUGAGGAGAGGCUCAUCACCCACCGCCACCAGGUCAUCGGCAAAGGGCACUUUGGUAGUGUCUAUCAUGGCACCUACAUGGACCCACUGCUGGGGGACAUCCACUGUGCUGUCAAGUCCCUGCACCGCAUCACGGACGUGGAGGAGGUGGAGGAGUUCCUGCGUGAGGGCAUCCUCAUGAAGAGCUUCCACCACCCCCAGGUGCUCUCGCUGCUGGGGGUGUGCCUGCCCCGCCGUGGGCUGCCCCUCGUCGUCCUGCCGUACAUGCGCCACGGGGACCUGCGCCACUUCAUCCGUGCCAAGGAACGGAGUCCCACGGUGAAGGACCUUAUUGGCUUUGGGCUGCAGGUGGCCCUGGGAAUGGAGUACCUGGCCCAGAAGAAGUUUGUGCAUCGGGACCUGGCAGCCAGGAACUGCAUGCUGGACGAGACGCUGACGGUGAAGGUGGCUGACUUUGGGCUGGCACGGGAUGUCUUUGGCAAGGAGUACUACAGCAUCCAGCAGCACCGCCACGCCAAGCUGCCAGUCAAGUGGAUGGCACUGGAGAGCCUCCAGACUCAAAAAUUCACCACCAAGUCAGAUGUGUGGUCCUUCGGAGUGCUGAUGUGGGAGCUGCUGACACGGGGGGCAUCGCCGUACCCCGGGGUGGAUCCCUAUGACAUGGCACGCUACCUGCUUCAGGGGAGACGCCUGCCACAGCCUGCCCACUGCCCCAACACGCUGUAUGCAGUGAUGCUGAGCUGCUGGGCACCGGCGCCUGAGGAGAGGCCUUCCUUCACGGGGCUGGUGGGCGAGCUGGAGCGUGUCCUGGCCACACUGGAGGGCAAGCACUACGUCAACCUGGCUGUCACCUAUGUCAACCUGGAGCGUGGCACCCCCUUCCCUCCUGCCCCCCCAGGGCAGUUGCCUGAUGAUAAGGAUGAGGACAACGAGGAGGAGCAGGAGAAAGAAGAGGAACAGGAGGAAGUAGAGGAGGAAGACACAGCUGUGUGCUGAUGGGGUGUCCAGCACACUGGAGACUCCUGGACCCCCAUAAACCGUGGGCAUGCCUCCUCUAGGAGGGAUGCAGUGUGCAGCCAGGUGCUAUGGGACGCCUUUCCUAUGUGAUGGGUGCUGGGAGGCAGCUGGGUGCUGUGGGGUACUCUCCCACGGUUCAUCUGGACCAUGCUUGGUGCUCCCCAGGAUUUGUCCCACACCAUGAGGUGCUGUGGGGCUCUGUUCUGAACUGGCUGGACACUGGGAAGUUCAGCCUCACAGGUGAAGCUGUGCCAUGGGGUCUGCAGCUCAGUCCCACAGCAGCUGGGUGCUGAGGACCUCAGGCUCAGCCCCACACGGCUUUGCAGUGAUGUG